AUGUCAUCUCCACUCCAAAUCUACUUCUCAAACUUGAAGCAACAGCACCGACUUGACGAUAUUGUCGUUGUCGAGGACAGAUCCCCAUCCAGCCUACCACGACGAAAAGUUGUGAUGUCCAACAUGGUGGGCAUGAGGAGCGAAGAAUCAUCAUCAUCAUUAUCAUCAUCAUUGUGCGAAAUCAUUACUCAGCCACUUAUUGCGACUGAAGACGCCACAAUGAAGACACACGAUAGCAACAAGAACAACAACAACACCGCCAAGCCCAUGCCAAGCCCCAUCCGAAUGAAGAUUGCUGCCAGUUCAGCAUAA